CCUUGAAGUAUACCGCGUUGUAUAAAAUUGUGAUGGCGUUUCGGUCGUUAACGGAAAGCUUUACGUUUAUGCGAAAUAAUGCCCUUCAGAACAGAAGCUUUUUCCGUGAUGAUAAGUCUGACCAAGAGGCAUUAGUGUCAACAAAAUCUAAGCAUAGAAGUGGUGAAAGAGCGUCUUCUGAAAAGUUCCGUAAAGAAUGGCAAAAUAGUGUGAAUUCACUUCAAUACACCUUUAGUAUGAUACGACAAAAAAUGAAAGAAGUUAUCGCACUUCAUGACAGACAUCUUAUGGCAUCGAAUUUAGAUGAUAAUCUAGAUGAAGAUCAAGAAAUAGAAUUUCAAACAAAAGAGCUUACUCAGUUGUUCAACUUAUCACAUGGCCAGCUUAGUCAGCUAUCUAAAUUGAAACGUUCCUCAGCCUUAUGGCAACAAUCUCAAGAAUCAAAAUUAGCUGAAAAUGUUUUAUGCAGUUUGGCUCGAACUCUUCAGGAUCUUUCAGUUGCAUUCCGGAAAGCACAAUCAGACUAUCUGAAUAAACUACGAUCUAGAGAUGAAAGGAUACGCAGUUAUCUGAACAUAGAUUUGAAUAUAGGCGAUAAUUCAUCCUCGAAACUUGUAAAUGAAUUUGAAGAUGACGAUUAUGCUGUUUGGGAAUCACAAAAACAAAGACGUAGUUUACUGUUAACUGAGAACACAAAUAUGGUUGUACAACGUGAACAAGAAAUUAAUCAAAUUGUUCGAUCUAUACAUGAAUUAAGCGAAAUAUUUCGUGAUGUUGCACAAAUGGUUGUAGAUCAAGGCACACUAAUAGAUCGUAUCGACUACAAUGUGGAGCAUACUCAAAUCCGUGUACAAGAAGGCCUGAAACAGCUGACGAAAGCUCAAAGUCAUCAAUCAAAAGAUCGUAAAAUGAUUGUUAUCCUUGUAUUAGCAGGACUGGUCGUCAUAUUUGGUAUCCUGCUGAUUGUUACAAAGUUUCGAUAACUUACAUCAGUAUCUUAUUCUAUAUUAUGUUAAUGUGAUAAUCAAUUUAGUGAUAUGUAUAAUUUGUCUUUCAUACUUCGUUGUGAUCAAAUGUAUUUCAGAUAUACAUAUAUAUUUAUAUGCAUAAUUUCAUACUACUUUCAAUGGAAUUUAGUAGUAUAUCUGUUUGCAUUGCGAAAAUCACUGGUCGUCAUCAUUUAUUGGAUUGGAAGUUUUGAACGCACACACUUGUUAUAAUUUGACUUUUGUACAUAUGCAUAUAUUACUGGUGCUUCGUUGUGAUUUGCUACUGUUUCGGCGUAACAUCCUCCCACUUCCAUCAUUUCACAUGACCAAGCGAACUGGUUGUAAGAAGAGGUAGAUGGAAGUGGAAACAUAAUGAUCUCUGAAAUCAUAAGACGCAUUCCAUUGUUAUUAUUAUUAUUAUUUCUAUUAUUUUCAGCCUUUGUUUUUCCUUUUGAUGUAGUCAACUAUGGCUUUUUAAUUUUCUUGAAGAAUAACGUUUCACACUUCUGUUGUUGUAAUAUUCUUCUCAUGAAAUUAUGUUGUGUAUGCAUUGUCUGUGUGAACAAGGUAUCGUAAAAUUUCGUAGG